GUAGCUUGAAUCGCUUAUAGGAAUGGACGAUUAGGUUUUGGCGGCUUAUUUCCAUAACACAGUUAUAUAAAACACAAAUAAACGUAUUUAAGAUGAUUUUGGAGAUGCAAGUCGCUUAUUCCAAGUUAGUUUUAUCAGACCAGCUUGGUUGCUUUCGCACCAAUCUGGCAACACGUCCUGACUGUACAGAGAUGGUAAACCCAAGGCAAACCGGUAACACACCGACAGAGUCGAUGAGACGUCAACGGCCGCUGGCAAACUCGGUCUAAAGCGAGUGGAAUAAAAGACAGAAUUUCCACUCAGCGAGGGAUAUUAAGCUGUAAGCCUCAUAUAUGUGUGUAUGUCUUUAAAUUAUAAGAGAUUGUGACUUUAGAAGACACACUGCGAGUGGUUCGAGGCUCCUGACAAACUCUGUUUUCGCGACGGCUGUUAAAAAUAUUUUCUUCGAAGUCUUUUGGCUUGUCAGCUGGUAGCAAUUACGGAUCUACAACAAACGGUAGGAGACACGGUGGGGAGUUCGUGCCUUUUGGUUGACUGAUUCGCUACUGGUUGGGUGGACCUCCGACCAGAGCAGAGCCUCCGAGCGGCCCGCUUCAACACCCGCGGUAGGAGCCGGAGUGUAGGUCGGUUUACGGAGGAUAUUCAGCGGCUUUAAACAAACACCCUUCAGCCGGUAUUUGAUCCCCGGAGCCGGCUAGAAUCCGGACAGAGACCUCAUGAAUGGAAAUCGGAACUACAGGAGCCGUUGGGGCUGCGCCCCUGUUCUCCGUACCUCGGAGGCCAGGCUAUGGCACCAUGGGGAAGGCCAUCAAGCUGCUGGCCAACUGCUUCCAGGUGGACAUCCCCAAGAUGGACGUCUACCUGUACGAGGUGGACAUCAAGCCGGAAAAGUGUCCACGGCGUGUUAACAGGGAGGUGGUGGAUACCAUGGUGCAGCACUUCAAGGUGACAAUCUUUGGGGACAGAAGGCCUGUCUAUGAUGGCAAGAAAAGCCUUUACACUGCCCAGCCAUUACCAGUGGCCUCAGCGGGGGUGGACCUGGAUGUGACGUUGCCUGGUGAAGGUGGGAAGGACAGGCUUUUCAAGGUCACCAUUAAAUUCGUGUCACUGGUCAGCUGGCACAUGCUGCAUGAGGUCCUCACAGGGCGGAGCACGUCUGAUCCACUGGAGCUGGAUAAGCCAAUCAGCACCAAUCCCGUACACGCUGUAGAUGUUGUUCUGCGCCAUCUGCCCUCUAUGAGGUACACCCCAGUGGGACGCUCCUUUUUCUCUUCCCCCGAGGGCUAUGAUCACCCGCUGGGUGGGGGGAGGGAGGUGUGGUUUGGCUUCCACCAAUCAGUGCGACCAGCUAUGUGGAAGAUGAUGUUGAACAUUGAUGUGUCUGCCACGGCAUUCUACAAAGCUCAACCUGUGAUUCAGUUCAUGUGUGAGGUUCUGGAUAUCCACAACAUUGAUGAGCAGCCUCGUCCUCUUACUGAUUCCCACAGAGUCAAAUUCACCAAAGAGAUCAAAGGUCUAAAGGUGGAGGUCACCCACUGUGGCACCAUGCGGAGGAAGUACAGGGUGUGUAAUGUUACUCGACGGCCAGCUAGCCACCAGACGUUUCCUCUACAGCUGGAAAGUGGACAGACCGUAGAGAGAACAGUGGCACAAUACUUCAGGGAAAAGUACAACUUACAGCUCAAGUACCCCCAUCUGCCCUGCCUGCAAGUGGGGCAGGAACAGAAGCACACGUACCUGCCUUUGGAGGUAUGCAACAUUGUGGCAGGACAGCGCUGCAUUAAGAAAUUAACUGACAACCAAACCUCCACCAUGAUCAAAGCCACGGCCCGCUCAGCACCAGACAGACAAGAGGAGAUCAGCAGACUGGUGCGCAGUGCCAACUACAACUCGGACCCCUUCGUGCAGGAGUUCCAGUUCCGUGUACGGGACGAGAUGGCGGAGGUGACGGGUCGUGUCCUGCCCGCCCCCAUGCUGCAGUACGGCGGCAGGGUGAGCUCUGAACACUUUCUGAAUCGUACAGUAGCCACCCCAAGCCAUGGAGUGUGGGACAUGAGAGGCAAGCAGUUUCACACUGGCGUGGAGAUCAAGAUGUGGGCCAUUGCUUGCUUUGCCACUCAGAGACAAUGCAGAGAGGAAGUUCUCAAGGGCUUUACAGACCAGCUGCGGAAGAUCUCUAAGGAUGCUGGGAUGCCCAUACAGGGCCAGCCAUGUUUCUGCAAAUACGCUCAGGGAGCAGAUAAUGUGGAGCCCAUGUUCCGUCACCUGAAAAACACCUAUGCUGGCCUACAACUCAUCAUCGUCAUACUGCCCGGGAAAACUCCUGUCUACGCGGAAGUGAAACGUGUUGGAGACACUCUUCUGGGAAUGGCCACUCAGUGCGUUCAGGUAAAGAAUGUGGUGAAGACCUCCCCUCAGACCCUCUCCAACCUGUGUCUCAAGAUCAACGUCAAACUGGGCGGCAUCAACAACAUACUCGUACCCCAUCAACGCCCAUCUGUUUUCCAGCAGCCCGUCAUUUUUCUGGGAGCCGAUGUCACUCACCCGCCCGCAGGAGACGGCAAGAAACCCUCCAUUGCUGCUGUGGUGGGUAGCAUGGACGCUCACCCCAGCAGAUACUGUGCUACAGUCCGUGUCCAGAGGCCCAGACAGGAAGUGAUUCAGGACCUGGCGUCCAUGGUGCGAGAGCUGCUCAUCCAGUUCUACAAGUCCACCCACUACAAACCCACCAGAAUCAUCUUCUACAGGGAUGGUGUGUCUGAGGGACAGUUCAGACAGGUGCUGUACUAUGAGUUGCUGGCCAUACGUGAAGCUUGUAUCAGCCUUGAGAAGGAAUAUCAACCAGGAAUCACCUACAUCGUUGUGCAGAAACGUCACCACACUCGUCUCUUCUGUGCUGACCGCACUGAGAGGGUGGGCCGCAGUGGUAACAUUCCAGCAGGUACCACAGUGGACACUGAUAUCACCCAUCCUUAUGAAUUUGACUUUUAUCUGUGCAGUCAUGCUGGAAUACAGGGUACAAGCAGACCUUCACACUACCACGUGCUAUGGGACGACAACUGCUUUACAGCCGAUGAGUUCCAGCUUUUGACCUACCAGCUGUGCCACACAUACGUGCGCUGUACCCGCUCCGUCUCCAUCCCUGCGCCAGCCUACUAUGCCCACCUGGUGGCCUUUAGAGCCCGCUACCAUUUAGUGGAUAAAGAGCAUGACAGCGCUGAAGGCAGCCAUGUGUCGGGCCAAAGUAAUGGCCGAGAUCCUCAGGCCCUGGCCAAAGCUGUGCAGAUCCAUCACGACACUCUGAGGACCAUGUACUUUGCCUAGCCCCGCCUCCACAGACCCGUCAAUCGCCGGUCAUCAUGCACUUAGCGGAGGAUGGCUUCUCCCAAUCACAGGCUGCUAAAGAGAACCAAAUGUAACAGAACUUACAGGAGGAACUAGCACUGUUAUGCAAUAGAAAAACAGCCAAUCUUUCCAAUCUCCUUUGCUUACUGAUUGUUUUUAAUAUGUAGAUUGCAGCUAUACCAUUAUUUAUUAGAUUUGUAGAUCUGUUUAACUAUUAAUUUUGCCUGCUGAGGUCACAAAACCAAGCUUAAAGGUUUGCUCGAUCAAAUCAUGUUAGAUCAGCGAAUGAGGCAGUGUUAUUUGUUUAGGACAGGAGUGAUUAGCCCUGCUCAUGCCGAUUUCUUCUUAGUUUCACAACUAAUCAAACGCACAUAUAGCUGGACAUCAGUGUCUUCAGGUUCAGCCUGAAAAUGACAGGAAGGUGUGUUCGAACAGAGUUGAAACUAAUCUUUGGAACACCUUUGGUUUAGGAUUAGUAUUCAAUUAGGUUUGGUGAAGUUGGAUUUUGGAGGAAUGCCACUAGAGGGCAGUGCAAGUUUUUGCUAAUAGUUUACCAUGACAUCUUACUUUAGGUCCUCCACUGUUCCUCUGGACAUUUGUUGCGCUAAUCUGUGACCAGUCUUGAUAUUUUACCAUUAACUGUUACUAGUAAAUCAUGUUUUUCCAAAAAAAUCUAAUCUAGCAUCUGCAGAAAAGACAACUUAAAUGUCAUUCCAUUUUGUUCCAACCAGUCGGAAAUCCAUAUUUGUACCUUUACAUCUCAUUUACUAUGUGUCCAUGUCUUAUUCCGCUUCUUGAACAUUGGAGGCACCACUUUUCUUCCAAUUCCAGUCUUUCAAAUGAUUCUUUUUACCUCUGUGAUACAUUAACUUUCUGGUCCAUGCACUGCCUGGAAAAUUUUGCGCCUAACAUUUAACUAUUGGUUCCUUGCGGUUCCUUCUUUGCGGCUCGCUCAUUAAGCAGAGGUGACAGAUUAGCUAAGAGCUGCAGAAUCACCAAAAGAGGAACUUUAAACUUUGAAACUCAAAGGGUUGGUAAAAAGUUUCCACGUAGUCAACCAUAUGUUUAUGUAUGUGCGUUGAAUGCUUUGUGCCUCGUUCGGUUUAUGCGCUUGCAACGCAAGUGUUCGAAUCAGUCAGAGCGUGACCGUAACACACUCUAUGGAUGUGUGUGCACAUAUAAUUCCACCCAAGGCAACUCGGAGGCCUGUUAUCCAUUAAUAUUGACUUUAGAGCUGUUAGACAUUUCAUUCUCAUUUAUGUUCUAGCUUAUUUAUAAUGUUGCUUUAAACUUGCAUUGUCAAUAGUGCAUCUGUAAAUUAUCUAUUUAACUUACCAGUUUCUUAAUUUUGCAUUUUAACCCUGUGAACUAUGACACAAACUGUCCCAUAAGCCUUUUAGUGCAAUAAGCCAAUUAUUGACGGCUCUGUCGUAGACUUUCAUUAUACAAUGCAAACAGUACCUUAAGAGUGAAUGCUUUCGUUUUAAAAAUGUUUUGCUGUAUGUGGCAUUGUGUAAGAGAACUUGAACGCCAUGGAUAUGGCGGGUUUUACUGAAAUGAAUGAUGUGUUUUAUGGCUGGAAUGCUGGGUUGAGUUUACAGAGGAGAUGGAUACUCUCAUGAAUAUGUUGUAUGGAAAAGGCUCAGUUUGCUAUUAUGAUCUUGGACAAACCUUUCAUGUAAAGUCAAAUGAGAUAAAGUGCCUGUUUUAUAGGAAAUAUCCCUAAAAUGCAAUUCUAUUGGGGUACAUUUUAAAUAAAUAUAUAUUUGUGGCAUGUACAUAUGGUUGGACAGAUAUUUAGCUAUUGAAACUGUUAUUAAGGUCAUUUUGUUUAGGGCAUUUUGAAUAGUUGAACUAAUGUAGAACUGACUAAAAGUCCUGGAAAGUUCAAAAGGCAAUUCAAAAUUUUAAGCAUUCUUUUGAACGUUCAAACUUUCAAAAGCUCUUGAUGAAUUUUCAAACAUUCUUUUGAAUGUUCAAAACCUCUUUGAACUUUCGUUUUCACUCUUUCAAACUUUUGGACAUUUUCGUUUGAUGUGUUUGUUUGAAAUUUCAAACUGUCAUUUGAACUUUCAUACUUUUGAACAUUUGCAUUUUCACAUGUUCGUUUUGAGUUUUCAAAUGUUCGUUUUGAAUUUUCAGAUGUUCGUUUUCAAAUUUUCAAACAUUUGUUUAAACGUUGAAACUCUUUCUUUUGAUCUCUUUUCUUCAAACCCCUGCUUUUUCAUAGCCCUUGAGUAUUCAACUUGCAUUCCACACAGACCAAACUAAUGUGCCUCUGAAAACAGGGGUGGCGGGGAGUAUCGAGUAAAGGCAUUUGGAUUGUAGUGGGGUAGGUGGAGGGUUCUAUUUGUUAACUCUGUGGCCUCUGGCACACUUUCACAUCACCCUUAAUGUGAAUGGCACUGUGGUCUUUUUGUCCUAUAGCCACCAAUACGUGUCGACCAGUGUAGCUGCUAAUUUACAUAACAAACUACAUCUGCUUUUAUAUGUAGAGAGAGAGAGCAAGAGAGAAAUGACUGACAAAUAUAUUGCUGCACUUAAAAAGCUGUACAGUCUCAGAUUUGGCGAAACGCCAGAGGUGCUAAGAGGUGUGGUGCUGUAAUUCGGGGGAUGUAAACCACGCUAAUUUCUAUCUGCUCCACAUUUCCUAUGAAUACUUGUCAUGGAGUUUUUCACUAGGUGAAAAAAAUGUUGAACUUUAGAGCCUUGUUUGGGUUUUUUUCAGAGUGUGAUGAUGUUCGGUUAGCUCGCUAUUUUUUUUUUUUUUUUUUUUUUUUUUUAAACAAAAAUACUCCAUUUUGGCAAAUUACCAGACCCACAUACUUGUUCUUAUAUUUAAAUAAAAUGUCUGUUUUAGCGAGUUAACUGGAAUUUAGGAAAAAAAAAAAAAAAAAAAAAAACCUUGCGCUAAUGUCAAAUAGCUUCGGUGCUCUUUUUCUUUUGUUUCAAUGUGCUGAGAACUGUUACUUCUCUGCCGCUACCAGCAUUUGAAUUUACUUGAAUAAAGGGGAGUGAUCAGUAGAACCUUCACCCAUAUGCAUGGCUUUAGGUGGCAGCUUAUACAGCCUUCUGAAAUUGCCACGGAAUAAAUUGUUAAAAAAAAAAAGAAGUAGGUGGGGCAUUGCAUAGGGGUGGUGCUAUUCUAGUUAGUGGGUGUGGCUUAACUGGCACCUCCCACUACAACUGUGACACGACACUCUCCACCCCUUGGCUUAAAGCUGAACUGCGGAUACCUUAAAGCAUUUUUAAUUCAGAGAAGUGUAUUUGUAUAUUUUUAAAUAACGGAACUGCAUAAUGCACAUCAAUUAUUUUUGCUAACAAAGUCUAUGAAAGAUUAAGCAAAAGAUGAUAAUAGUGAUGCUAAUCAUGAUAGUGACUAAUAUAAAUUGGGCUAAUAUGCAAUAGACUAGUAGAUUCGUCUUGUAUUGUUUUUCGAAAGUCCUUUGUGAGUGUCUCUUCAUCGUCCUAUGGUAUUUAUGACAGAAAUGAUGUUGUUCACAAAGGGAUGAACCUUCAGUCCUCUUUUUAAUUCUAACGCUUUUAUUGACUUAAACAUGAAGGUACCGCCUCAAAUAUUUUCAUUUAGUUGAUUAAAAACAGGGCAAUUGACACACAAGCACAUUAAUGGCUGUAGUUUACUAGUCCUCUUGAACUCGUGUCUGAAUAGAUGAGUGAUCAACUGUUUUCUUCAAGCCUAGAGUAUUUGCUGCUUGACUUUAUUUUCCUGACUUUGUUGAGAUGAAGAUUCAUCCUUUCGGCAGAUGAGUUAGUGGAAUGUGCCUUUUCUGAUGGUGCUGUUUUCAGACAGAUAAAAUCCCUUUUUAAGGGCCCAACAAGUCUAUAUUGAAGUUAUAUUGAUAUGAUAUACUGUAUAAUGUUUGUUUAAGAGUGUUAAAACUGUAUGUGUGGGUGUGAUUGUGCCUCUUUAUUCGCCAAGAACACGUUAAAUCACAGAGCUUGCCAGGGUCUCUGGACCAAAAUUUCUACAAAGGGUUAUAGAUACUUUUUGUAAAGAUUUGGCACUGCAAAACUAAUAGAUCAAGCACUGACCAGGCAGGCUAAACUGUAUGAAGCCUGGAAACUCAUCCCAAGUGAUGUUUUCUCUUCAUUUUUCACUUUCAAACCAUUUUUAACAAACAGUGUCAAAUCUGUGUACUCUAUAUGUGAUGAAAUAGCAAUAACGUAAUUGGUAAUGUCACUAAUAUUUGGCUUGAAUUCCAAUUUUAGACACUUUUUCGUAAAUUAACUUCAUGAAUCCAACUGUUACAUUUACUAACAUGUUUAAUCAGGUUGAUUUGGUGAUUUAUAAAAUGAUGAUAUCUAUAUCUGUGAUUAAAUUCAGCACAUUAUUGAAGAUGAGCAGGAGUAUCAGCGUCCAGAUUAUCAUACUAUGCAAGCUUCUUCUCAUCUUGAAGGAGCUUCAUAGGAUUCUUCACAGUCAGCACUGUUUCCAUUGUGAUGCAACACAUUCAGCGCUCUGAUGUAAUGGUUUCGUUAUGGUGUGAUGAAAUUAUAUAAAUGAUUGAUAACAGAAUUGUCCAGUUUUAUAUAUAUAUUUGUCCCUUUUAUUUUAUCUCAACUCUAAUUGUGUCUUUCAUUAGGUCUUUUUAUUUGGUUGUUCUAUUUAAUUGUCAAUAUUUUAAUUAAAAUGUAUGUAUGCAAACUUUGAUGGAUAUGUCUUUUGAACUGUUUGUCUUUGACAAAAAUGAUACAUAUGAAUAAAUAUUGAAUGUACAUGCA